AUGUUGACCCCUUUUGCCUCGUCGCUUAUGCUGCUCCUGCCAGCUCUGGCAACCGCUCGCGUGGCACAUCAAUCUCGAGCUCUUGUCAAUAGCACUGUGUGUGCUCCAGUCCAUUUGAUUAUCGCCCGUGGAACGACUGAGAGCUACCCUGGGACUCUCGAGAGCUUGGCCGGGUUGAUUACCGAUGCCAAUCCAGGCACUGAUUACGAAAGUGUUAUCUAUCCUGCUACGGACGAGACUUCCACAAACAGCUAUGCUGAAGGGCUUGUAGCUGCUCAGGACCAGUUUACUGCUUAUGCAGAGUCAUGUGAAGAUUCGAAAAUUAUCUUCCUAGCCUACUCUCAAGGUGCUAUGGUUGUUGGAGACAUGCUAGCUGGUGGAGGCGGAGAUGAGAUUCUCGGUGCUGGAAAUGGAUCACUCCCCAUUAACUCGAGAGUUGGGGACCGCAUGACAGCUUUAGUCCUUUAUGGUGAUCCAAGACACAUCCCCAACGAGAGCUUUGAUGUCGGGAACAACAAUGUAACUGGCAUUUCGGUCUUCGAAAACCAAUAUGCUUCAAAGAUUGCAGACUACUGCAAUGUUGACGAUCCAGUAUGUGCUAGCGGUACUAAUCUUACAGCUCAUCUUGUAUAUCCUCAAAAUUGGGAUAUCACCGCUGCUGCUUGGGUUCAGACUAUGUUAAAAGGAUAA